AUGACUCCGCUACAACAGGCAGUCAUGUACAAGCAGCCUGAAAUGGUACAGCUUCUCAUCGACCACGGUGCCGAUCUCGACAAAACCGCAAGCAUCGAUCAUCCUUCCCCCGUUUUUCUAGCGGCCACGUAUGCCCGACCCCAGAUGGUGGAAAUGCUUCUUAACGCUGGAGCUUGCAUGAACGCAAAAAAGGAGGGGAAGCCCACCCUGCUGUACUAUGCGGUGACGGGGACACGGGAACGUCUACUCGCCCGCAUGCGUCGAGCUCGAACCGUAAAGGCCGUCCUCGAUGCGGGAACGCCAUACUCCCUGGUCCAAGGCAGGCCUUCAACAAUGCAUCUGGCGAAGGGUCACCUGUCGGAUAACGACCUGGUAGCCACGGUCUGUACGACGCAGAGCGCAUGA